GGACCUUUAAGAACUUUCUAUUGAAACUUCCAUUGAGCAUGCUUUUUAGUUCAGCACUAGACUCAAUCUGUGUCCAAGAAACAGGCCCCAUAUGUAUUACUGACAUGCUUGUCCUUGUUCAGGACUCCACACACUGGCUUGAGAUUGAACCCUUGACUUCCACUGUCCAGGGAGUGACAAUGUUCAGACACAGGACACCCAAAGGGAGUUAUGAGUGCACAGUGUCUGGGCUCCGCUGGCUGUGUGAGAGAGAUGUCAUUCUGAAGUAUCACUUCAGGAACUGGGAACCCUACAGUCAACUUCUGAAAGACAUGCAGUACACACAAGGUGGUCCAUUGCUGGACAUCACUAUGGAGUUAGGUGAACUGGAGGAAGUUCAUCUGCCACACUGUGUCUGUUUAGGGACCAACCCUUCCCUGAGGAAUGAGAUGAAGAUUCUUCAUGUAGAGGAACAUGGAGUGUCUUUAGAGGAAGUGCAUGAGGUCACCAGAUUCCAUGUUAAGAUUCUCCAUCCCAAGUUCUCACCUAUUGCUCUGAUACUGAGAUUACUGUCUUGGAACAUAGAUGUCCACUGUGAGCUGAUGCUCUAUCUGACAGUGAUAAAGGAAAAACUAAUUCAACGCCUAUACCUGUUUCCCAGUAACCCCGGCCAGAUACAGGCUGUGGAACAACAGGAAAUAAAGUUUCAAGGGUCUAAAAGGAUUCCCAUCACAAGACCAGAGCGGUCCUUCAAACUGAAUAGUUACUUCAGACUGAACAUUCCCUGUUCAACCUCCAUCACUCCACCGAGGAUUCAUCUCAUACAUAGAGACACCACACCAAGCUUUUUCAAGGUGGAUAUGGAAAUUACAGGGAUUGAGAUGGAGUUAAUCGGUGAUGAUGAGAGGAUAGUAUGGAAAGAAACUGUACAAAAAUAUGAAUUCAUCACUGAAACCCAUUCAACUAGUGCUGUGUUGGGGUCAGGAGGUCCGGCUGAGAGCAGUCUGACUGGUUCUUCAGAGCAGCAGCUGCGUUCUGUACGGACAGAGUUUGUGAAACGAGUAUCAGGACCUGUCCUGGAUGGUCUGCUGGACAGACUCCUGCAACACACAGUCAUCAACCAGGAGGAAAUGGAGUCAGUGAAGGUGAUAGCUGAGAGGGCAGAGAAGGCACGUGACAUCAUCGACAUGGUGUUGAGAAAAGGAACUGAGUCGUGUUCCAGGAUGAUCAACCUUCUUGGGAAGCUGGACGCCUAUCUUUGUUCACAGCUUCAGAUCAACAGUGUUGGGGUACCAACAUAAUGGUAGAAUGGGGACAGUAACAGUGUUGGGGUACCAACCCAAUG